AUGGCGCGUGCGAAGAAGCCGCGGCUGGAGGAGAGCAUUGACAGCGACGACCUCAGUUCGGACCACGGGCCGGAGGGGGUGGAGGAGGCGCCAGUGUUGAGUGCGGAGGAGAAGCGACUGUUGAUGGCUCAGGAGUACAUGGAGAAGAUUGGGAUAAAGUACGAGGGUGACGAGUUGGAGACAGUGGCAAGUGCACUUGGAGUGGACCGCGAGAAAGAGACGCGGACAAGGCCCCUCGCGUCGGAGCUGGUCCUGGGUGCGUCGACGAUCUGGGCGUGCAGAAAACACAUGCCGACUUGCGUCGAAAUUAGCUAUGACGACAGGACUGUCUUUACAGGGGGCAAGGACGGACGGAUUGCGCGCUGGGACGUAGAGUCCGGUCGGCGACUCGGCUUUUUGGGCCACAACCGCGACGGCCAAAAAGGUGACAGCCACAAGAGUGACGGCCACAAGAGUGACGGCCACAAGGGUGCGGUGCUUGCGAUGACGUUGGCGAUGGGUGGAAAAUUAUUGGCGACUGCGGGCAAGGACUGCGUGAUUAAACUCUGGGACCUGGCGAGUGGCGCUUUGAUAAAGGACAUGACUGGCCACACGGAACCUGUGACGGGCUUGUGCAGCGCGGGCGAUAUGGUGUACUCGGUGUCCGCCGACAAAACGAUGCGCGAAUGGUCGCUGGUCCACAAGACGUGCAUGAAGACUAAUUACGGACACACUGAAAGCGCGACCUGUAUCGACUGCCUGAACAAGACGUUUGUACUCAGCGGCAGUGAGGACAGGACCAGUCGAUACUGGAAUACACUCAAGAGCAAGCAUGCCAUAUAUGAAGAGCCCGACAACGUCGACACAUGCGCCUUCCUCAGCAAACACGGGUUUCUGACCGGCAGCUCUGACGGCACCGUCUGUCUCUGGUCCAUAGCGCGCAAGAAAGCCGUCCUCCGCAAAUCGUUGUCCCAUGUGGCCAAUAAAGGCGGCCCGAAGCCGUGGUGCACGGCCGUUGCCGUGUGUCCGAACUCUGACGUCGCCUUCACUGGAUCCAACACCGGUUCCAUUUCCGUCUGGAAGGUGGCCAUGGCGGAGAAGGGAGGCAUUCUAGAACCCAUCCUGGACCCACUGCCGGCACCGGGCGUUGUGAACGCCCUCCGCGUCUCCCGAUCCGGCGCUUACUUGGUCGGCGUCUCCGCCGCCGAGCCGCGUCUAGGGCGCUGGUUCCACAGCCCCAAGGAUGCCACAGUCGGAGUCAUCAUGGUUAAGCUCCAGCACUCUUAUAUCUCCAAACUUUUCGACAAUGUCGACAGUGUGCUCUGA